AUGUCCGGCGACCAGGCGUCAUAUGUCACCCUUGAUGUAUUCGCUUCAGAAAGGUUCAAGGGAAACCCACUCGCGAUCGUGAAGACUGGCGAUCACAAACUGUCGCAGCAGCAAAAGCAACAGAUCGCCAAGGAAUUCAACUUCUCCGAAACGGUUUUCUUGCACCCUUCGGACCACGAUGGAAGGCCUCGGGCGGACAUUUUCACUCCUGUUAAUGAAAUGGAAUUUGCCGGCCAUCCUAUCAUUGGCACCGGCCAUCUGCUCUUCAGGGAGUUAUUAGCCAACGACGCCAGCGGGUCAACCAAAUUGACGAUAACUACUAAAGCUGGCCCCGUCGCAAUAUCUUACGAUCCAACUAGCCAAGUCGUUUCCGCAGGAGUUCCCCAUAACAUACACAUUCACCAACAAGAAGCGACACUCAGCCGGAUCCUCCCGGCCCAGGCGACCUUGAUGGCAGCAUCGGAUUUGCAUGGCGUAAGAGAUACAUCACCGGUAGUAUCCAUGGUCAAGGGUGUUACGUAUGCGCUGGUGGAUUUAACUGAGAGGGCGGAUCUAUUCGCUGGCCUUGUCACGGGACCAAGUCCUGAGCUUGAGCUUGAUGAGAGUUGGACGCCAUCUUUCACCGGUGUUAUGUAUUAUCAACUACUGGAGACUCGGCCGGAGGGAAAUAUAGCCGUCUGGGAACUUCGUGUGCGCAUGAUUGCUAUUAACUUGGAAGAUCCUGCGUGUGGAAGUGGUGGAUGCUCCCUGGGCGCUUAUAUUGCGUUAACUAAUAGUCAAAAGGGCCGGAGGCACCGACUUUUCAUUAGCCAGGGUUCGGAGAUGGGAAGGCAAAGUCAUAUCAUUGUGGAAGUUACGUUGAAUGAGGAGAAGGAUGCAGUACAAAAGAUUGAUCUUGCUGGUCAGGCAGCUUUUGUGUCAGAGGGGAAGAUAUAUGUAGACUAA